AUGUCUGGGUUCAUCGCAAAGUACAUCGCUAAGAAGAUUUUGGGGGAGAAAAUGGAGAACAACUUUGGAAAAGAGGAUCCAUAUUUUGAGAGCGUUCCAGCAACUCGAAUCGAUGGAAAGCAGUCCAAGAAAAUGAAGAAGAUGCCCAAAGCUCUUCCACCAGGGAUCUCUGAACACGACGGCAAGGUACUCACCAAAGUAAAGCGACGGGCAUAUCGUCUUGAUUCUGGUUGGAGUCUCUUGGGAAUGCGAGUUGGUUGGUCGAGUGUUAUUGGGAUCAUCCCUUUUGUUGGCGAUGCUCUCGAUGCUUUCAUGGCUCUCAUGGUUAUCCGCACAUGCCAACAAGUUGAAGGUGGAAUUCCCAAGUCUCUAAAUGGACAAAUGAUGUUCAACCUGGCGUUGGAUUUUGCAGUCGGAUUAGUCCCAUUCAUUGGUGACUUGGCUGAUAUGUUGUUCCGUUGUAACACAAAAAACGCCAUCCUCCUCGAAGACUUUCUCCGUAAGAAGGGUGCAAAGGCAAUGAAGGCCCAAGGCCGGACAGCCCAACGCGAUUCAACUCUUCCAGAAGAAUUUGAUAGAAUGAUGAACGAGCAAACUGAAUCACCUCCAUCAUAUAUUAACGAACCAUCAUCCCAACGCCAGACCGGUGGAACUACAUAUAACUCUCAUGCACAAGAGGCGAGAGUCGCCCAGCCGAAGAAGAGUUGGUUUGGAGGUCAAGGCAGAGUCGCAGAUGUUGAACAGGGCCAUGCACGUCAAGAAAUACGCAAUGAUGGCAGGUCGGGCAGACGUUGA